CCAUCUCAUGGAGGAGACGAGAAGUUUGACUGGUUUUCUCAGUGGUAUCCAGUUGCAUCAGUCUGUGAUCUUGACAAGAGGAAGCCGCAUGCCAAGAGAGUGAUGGGUUUUGAUGUAGCUGUGUGGUGGGAUAGAAAUGAAAGUGAAUGGAAGGUGUUUGAUGAUUCUUGUGCUCAUGGGUUGGCUCCAUUGUCUGAAGGGAUGAUUGAUCAGUGGGGCCAGUUGCAGUGUGUGUACCAUGGGCAGUGUUUCAAUGGCUCUGGUGACUGCAAAUUCAUUCCUCAGGCUCCCCCAGAUGGUCCUCCGGUUCACACAUUCAAGAAAGCACGUGCAGCUGUUUAUCCAAGUGCUGUGCAGAAUGGAAUUGUCUGGUUUUGGCCAAACACUGAUUCUCAAUUCAAAGAUAUUCUUACAAAGAAAAAGCCUCCUUACAUCCCAGAAUUGGAUGACCCCUCAUAUACCAAGUCCAUGGGAGCUAGAUAUUUUCCAUUCAGGUACGAGGUUCUGAUGGAAAAUAUCAUGGACCUUGCAUAUGCACAUUACAGGAUAAUGCAAAUUCCACAGGCAAACAGAUGAGCCAGAUCUAACUAGGCCUAGUUUUAGUUAUUUUGCUAUGUUGCCUAGUAUGAAUGAGAUUCAUUUAUCUCACACAUUUUCUUUCACACCCAAGGCAGAUAGAGAAGGGGGGGACACCAAUUGAGAUCAGUGUGAUGAGAAUAGCCAUAGAUGGUUUUGUUGCAGAGCGGGAGCUUGCCAGGAGCAAAUUUAUUCCUCCCUGUUUGUGCUAUACUUGUUUGGGUUUUCCGGCAUAUCAAAGUAAUGGAUCUGUAUCAUCAGACCUUACCAAAGAGGAACCAUUGCCUCAUGUGUCUCCAAACAGAGCACUUUUGAUUCUUAUCUGUGUUCCAGUAAGUCCAGGAAAUAGCAGAUUGAUAUGGACUUCUCCAAGAAACUUUGGACCGUGGACUGAUUGUAUGGUUCCAUGAUGGAUGCUUCAUAUGAGGCAAAACCUUAUUCUAGAUUCAGCUAUAUAUCUUCCCCAUGUAGAGGAGUAUAAGCUUAUGAAGGCCGGCCUUUCCAAUUGGCAGAAGGCUUGUUUUAUGCCAACAAAGUCAGAUGCCCACAUCAUUGCCUUUAGAGCAUGGUUGAGGAAGCACUCAGCAGGGCCCUGCCCCCAACUCCUCCCAGAGAGCAGCUAAUGGACAGGCAAGACUUGAAUUUUUUUUUUCUUUGAUAACCAAGGAUUCCAUGGCCAAGCCUCUAGGACUCUUUCCAUAGGGAUCCAAACCUUGGGGUGCUGACCGUCCCGCAACAAUCAGCACUGGGUAAAUUAUGGGUAUCAUAAGUGAUAGGUUUCGAAUCCAGGACCAUGUGCCACUUAUUGGGACUAUAAGUCCCAGUGUUAGCCCUGACCAACUAAGCUACCUGAUGGAGUAGACCUGAAUU